CACCAGAGGGGGAAAGAAAAAAAAAAGAGGAGCGAGAGAAAGAAAAAAAAAGGGGGGGAGAAAAUCGGGAUCUCAUUACAAGAGCAGCAGACCGUCUGCAGACGCCUGUCAGCAUGGAAAGCCGCGGGCUUUCGCCCGGGUCUUCCUAGAAUCCCCCCGGAGAAGGAUCUGAGCGCUCCCCCACAUCUGGGUAUGGAGAGUGCAAUCACCCUGUGGCAGUUCCUGUUGCAGUUACUGCUGGACCAGAAGCACGAGCACCUCAUCUGCUGGACCUCCAGCGAUGGUGAGUUCAAGCUCCUCAAGGCUGAGGAGGUGGCCAAGCUGUGGGGUCUCCGGAAGAACAAGACAAAUAUGAACUACGACAAGCUGAGCAGAGCCCUGCGCUACUACUAUGACAAGAACAUCAUCAAGAAGGUGAUUGGGCAGAAGUUUGUGUACAAGUUCGUCUCCUUCCCCGAGAUCCUGAAGAUGGACCCGCACACGGUGGAGAUCAGCCGGGAGAGCCUUCUGCUGCAGGACAGCGACUGUAAGGCGGCCCCUGACAAGCACGGCUUGUCCGCCCUCAAGAGCGCCGGCCGCAACGAGUACCUGCACUCGGGUCUCUACUCGGCCUUCACCAUUAACUCCCUGCAGAGCCCCCCGGAGGCCUUCAAGGCCAUCAAGACGGAGAAGCUGGAGGAGCCCCUCGAAGACAGCCCCCCGGUGGACGAGGUCCGGACUGUGAUCAGGUUUGUGGCCAAUAAAAGCAGCAAGCACGUCACCAGGCCCGUGGUGUCCCUGCCUUCCGCCUCGGACGCCGCCGCGGCCUCCGCCUUCCUGGCCUCGUCCGUCUCAGCCAAGAUCUCCUCUCUAAUGCUGCCGGACGUCGCCAGCGUUUCUUCCGCCUCGCCCUCCUCCUCUCGGUCCCCUUCCCUGUCCCCCCACUCGCCCCUCCCUUCUGAGCACAGAAGCCUCUUCCUGGAGGCCACCGGCCAAGACUCGGAUUCCCUGGAGCCCUUGAACCUGUCGUCGGGCUCCAAGACCAAGUCUCCGUCUCUUCCCCCCAAAGGCAAAAAACCCAAAGGCUUGGAAAUCUCCGCACCCCCGCUGGUGCUCUCCGGCGCCGACCUCGGCUCCAUCGCCCUCAACAGCCCGGCGCUCCCCUCGGGCUCCCUCACGCCCGCCUUCUUCACCGCGCAGUUCCCCACACUGCUCAAUGGCCACAUGCCGGUGCCACUCCCCGGGCUGGACAGAGCUGCUUCUCCAGUACUGCUCUCCUCAAGCUCUCAGAAAUCCUGAUGCUGUCUGGUCACCACGAAGGACUCAUUAACUGAUGAAUGAAAUCUGUCCCCAUGGGCUAGUUUACCUGUGUCACGAGGACAUUGUGAAACCCUCUGUUAAUUUGGUUUGCACUUUUCAUAACAUGGAUAGUCUAGAUUUAUGUUAGCAUUUUAAAAUCUGUUUUUUAUAUAUUCAAGUAUAUAUGAAAAUCUGUUUUGCAUUAAGUGGAUUUUAAUGUUUUUGUUUUUAUAUCCUCUUAGCUCUUAAGUGUUGAACACUGUUGACAGUGAAGAACUUUUCUUAAUGUCUUCAAUAUAACUAAUAAGGAUGUGAAGCUUUUUUCUUUACUUCUGCAUAUGCUGAACUGUGCUUAUAUACACACUAUAACCAGCUGUGCCUUCCUUUGCAUUUACUUUUAUGUAAAUGAUUUAUAUAUUUUUAGUGUUAAGAGAAAAUGUUCGAAAGACAGUUAGUAUUGAACAGAUCUCUAGUAGAACUUCAUUAUUUUUCACAAGUAGGCAAAAUAUGAAAGCAUAGUCAUAUCACUUUUUCUUUUUUGCUUUCAACUGUAGAAUUGCCUUAGAACCUCUUCUGAACUGAAAUUCAGUAAAUGCAACAUCCAAGUAACGUUUUUAUAAAAAUAAGCCAUAUUUAGACAAUAAACCUUUACAAAUGAAAAUGUUCUAAAGUGCAUUUUCAAAAAAUGAACUUUGAAAGGCUAGUCUUUUAACCGUUUAUCCUAAAAGCCACUGGUCUGUAUCAUCUAAAUCCCCAGAAUAUUUCCUAGGUUAGCAUAUUAUUUUUAAAAAUUAGCCCUGACCUCCCUGCUUUCCAUAAUAAAUUAUACUCAUCUGAUAUAUUUACCCUGUCAGUGGGAGUUAAGAGUUUCUCUGAAUCCCUCGAACUUUAAUUAAUAUUUUAAAAAUCUAGUGUUUUGGAAGAGGCUCAGACUGGUGAUAAAUUCCACCAAAGAAGCAAUUUUGUCACACCAGUAAUCUUUGCAUGUAUGUGUUUUCACAAUUUUUGGUGGAUCAAAAAAUGCACUGUAUCACAGAUCUAGAGGUACUGGAGGCUUUGCCUGGAGACUGGAACUACUAUCUUUAUGGUGAGAAUGAAGAAAAUCUGAUAAAAGAAAAAAAUUUUCAGGAACCUCGUCAUAGUGAAAUUGAAAGGAUUAUGUAACAAUUUGGAACACUGCUGUAAAUUCUUUUGUGUAGUGUAGUUUAGAACAGUAACAGAAAUAUAUUUUUUGUUCUUUCAAAAAAAUCAGUAGGUGUCACUUCAGAGGCGCUGCCUGUACAUCAAAUAGGAAAGGUUCAAAUUAAGACAGGGGAGCUAGAAAGUGCCCAGUGCUUUAAAUUCAAAACUAGGUUAACUGCUGGGCUUGGUGGCACAUGGUGAAGCAGAGGCAGGAGGAUCGCAUGAGUUUGAGGCAAGCUUGGGCUAC